CACUUGAGCUCAUCCCCUCCAUCUCUCUCUCUCCCUCGGCGUUCUUAUCAGUACGUUGUCCUCCCGUGGGCACCAAAGUCCAGUCCAGCGCCACAGCUAUAGCUCGAUCUCGAUCCCCGACGCCAAGAAAGAAAAGAAAGCGCCGGCGGUGGAGAGACCGAUCGACUAAGGUGGAUCCUCGGAGGCAUGGGAAGAGGCCCCUACCCGCCGACGAGGAGGAGGAACAGCUGCCACCGCCGCCGUCAGCAGCAAAGCACGAGCAAGAGGAGGAGGAUGAGCAGUAUCACCAUCUCCUCGCGCACGCGCAGCAGCAGCAGCAGCAUGGAGCUACAAGCGGCGGCGGAAGCUCCGGCACAGGUGUGUCCGAUCCAUCCCCUUCCCCGGAGGCGUACGCGCAGUACUACUACUCGGCGCGCGCCGACCAGGACGCCACCGCCAUGGUCUCCGCUCUGUCCCACGUCAUCCGCGCCUCUCCCGAGCAGCAUCAAGCGUACUACCCCGCCGGAUCCGUCGCUGUCUCCGUGGAGCAGCAGCAGCACGCCGCGGCGGCCACCGCCGCCGCUGAGGAGCAAGGGAGGAAGCGGCACUACAGAGGGGUGAGACAGCGGCCGUGGGGGAAGUGGGCAGCCGAGAUCCGGGACCCCAAGAAGGCGGCGCGGGUGUGGCUCGGCACCUUCGACACGGCGGAGGAUGCCGCCAUCGCCUAUGACGAGGCCGCGCUGCGCUUCAAGGGCACCAAGGCCAAGCUCAACUUCCCCGAGCGCGUCCAAGGACGCACCGAUCACGGCUUCGUCGUCACGCGCGGCAUCCCGGACAGAUCAAUGCAGCAGCAGCAACUCAACUACGCCGCCGCCGUAGGGACACCGGCAAUGCGGCCACCGCUUCAUCACCAGCAGCAGCAAACCGUCGUACCGUACCCUGACCUCAUGCGGUACGCGCAGCUGCUGCAGAGCGCCGGUGCCGGUGCCGGUGCCGGCGCUGGGGGCGGCGUCCACUUGCCGUUCGGCGCCAUGUCCCCCUCGUCGUCUUCCCACAUAAUCGACUUCUCGACGCAGCAGCUCAUACGGGCGGGUCCGCCAUCGCCCGCGGUGGUGGCAAUGUCGGGCUCGGGCACUGCAGCGCCGUCGACGUCAUCGUCCACCACCACGGCCUCGUCGCCUAGUGCUGCAUGGCCGUACAGCGAGGAGAACAAAAAUAAUAAGGACUCGUGAGAACAAUGGGAGUGAUUCGAUUGAUGCAUACAAAGUUGGCCUACAAUGCGACGAUCGAUCGCGAAAAUGUCUUAGCAUUUACAUGAGGAAAUGAGGAAUGCGCAGGCACGCGUCAUGCAAUAUGGGGGGUAAGUGUUGGUCAUUUCAUUUUACUGGUGAACAUUUAUUUCUUCUUCCGAGCCUCUGAUUUGUUUCUCUAGGCCUCUUGUUUCGUUUAUUUUUUAUUUUCACGGAAGAUUUCUUACGUAUAGCUAGGUAGCUAGCUAGUACUACCUUGGUUCUCUCUAGCUAGGUCUUCUUUUUACCAAGUGUACUGAACUGAUUGUGAAAUUAAAUUAUCCAAAGCAAUAAGAGAGUAAUCUGCUCCUUA